GUCCAUCCUCAAAAAGACUACACUCAUCGUAAUAAUCCUUCAACAUGUCUGACGAAGCAAAAAAGUAUCCGUAAGUAUGCCGUGCCUUGAGCUGAUCUCUUGUUGAUGUGUCAGCAGUCCUGCCAUGAAGACAUAUAUCCAAGAUGACGAUGGCGACCUCCCAUACAAGUUGAUGGUAAUCAGCAACAAUGAUAACAACAACGAGGGCGCCAAUGAAGGCACGCCCACUGCAGUGGGACAGCCAGAGACCAACGCAGCGGCAGCAAACAAUUCACCCAUCUCAGAUACCGGGACUUGGGAAAUUGUCAACCCUGGGGAUGGGAACUAGAUGCCAUCUGUUAGACUGAAUGACACGUGGUACUCAGAGCCGAUGGCAAAAUGCGUUGGGUACCAGAGCCGCAGAGCCGCAGAGCCGCAUCUUUUGACUGAUGUCUGGUUCUUUCUGCGAAUGUUCAAAGAAGGUCAUCGGUCUUGUAUCCUCUUUUCCAAAGUUGUGUAAUUUCGCACAUGUUUUAGUUAGGCGCCGGCUGAUCAGCAGCCGGAAAUUGACUUGGUGUCCCAUAAUCGUAUCUGAUUGCCUGUUAUCUGUAUCAUGUCGCAUUAGCAUCGUCAAUUGGCACAAUCAGCAGCCACCACAUGUCAAACAGCACCGCAUCGUCACCGCCGUGCCCAGUCGAGCGUGGG